CAAUAAAACAGCUCCAUCUUGGAAAUAGUUCUCUCAAUAGCUAAAGAGCACUCCAGAACUCCAUACGAUUAAGACGAAGCCCAUUGCGAGCCACCGUAUCAAUCUCCAUACCGAACAGAGCCUCCGCAAUUGGUUUGAGACUGAAUAUCGUCCGGCAUUAGAGGAAACUGGUAUAUGCCAUGGGGAUCGGAUACAUAAUAUAGACGAGAAAGGCGUACGAAUUUGUAUGCCUUCAGGAGAGGAAGUAGUAGUUCCAAUUGGAAUCAAGAAGAUAUAUACAGGAAUACCAGAAAAUCGCAUGUCUCUUACGAUAAUUAAGUACAUAUCUGCAGAUGGCAAGGCAAUUCCUCCGGUAGUAAUUAUCCCUGGAAUUAUAAUUAUGGUUUCUUGGUUCUAUAAAAAUAUAACCGGUCAUGAGGUUAUUAUAGUCUCUCCUACAGGAUAUACGAACGAGGGCAUUUAUAUGGUUUGGUUAGACCAUUUUAUCAAGCAUAAUAACUGCGGUCCUAACAAGAAAUGGCAUAUUCUCUUAAUUAACAAAGCAACUUACUACCAAGCGGACGAUUUUAUCCUAAAAGCUACGUUUAAUAAGAUACGAAUCGUCUAAUUCCCCUCUCAUCAAACCCACCUACUUCAACCAUGCAAUAUUGGUAUUUUUAGGGAAUGGAAAUACUACCAACAGGUCAAUAUUAUAAAUGCAAUUCGCUCGUACGAGCCGGAAUACAACGUCUAGUACUUCUUUCGCGAUCUUCCUGGAAUACGGGAGAAGACAUUUACUAUCCGUACAAUCAAAUACGCUUUUCAGAACGCUGGAAUUUGGCCUGUCAGUUUCAAAGCAGUA